GUCGGCAAUUACCAAAUCGGGUUUCAACACCGCCAAUUAUCAAUUUCCUUUGCAGACGCAAUCCCGUGGCCAUGUUGAUGGUACCUAGCUCGCAGGAGGAUUCCGACCAUCAUUUGCUUUUGAUCAGACGUCAGAGAGCGCCUGUGAAGUACCAAUUUGUCCCUUUACCAUGAGGCGGCGGCACAAUAUUGCUUUGGCUACAAUUGCAUUCCUCGGUACAAUCUUGCUGGUUGCACAGCACCGCAGUGAAUACCGGCAUGGGCAUGUUACCCAUGCAUCGUAUGAUACCAAAGAGAGUAAUACCGGGAUCGAAGUACUACCAUCUGAUCUAAAGCCUUCUUCACAUUCUCAUGACGCAUCUGGGUCAGGAACGGACCCCAAGGAGCACGUGACCCUACAUGACGACGGUUCACCGGCUCAAGGAGUCUCGGAAGGCGAUAGUUCGACGACACCUCCUUUGCUGGAAAACCCGUCUCCAGAUGGACAAGCCGUCCUGGAACCCGAGUAUGCUUUCCAGAAAGACCUCGAUCUACUCCUUCCGAUCCCAGCCCUACAGCGCUUCAGCACUCACAAACCUCACAACUAUGUCCCCGGAGGCACAGAAAACUACGCCUAUGCGACUUUCCUAGCAACCCGCAACGCCUCGCUCAAAGACCCCUACUUCCUCGCCAUCCACUCCCUCAUCUACCGCCUCCUCUGGUCCCCCAAAUCCCGCACCCAAAAACACCCCUUCAUCGUCUUCGUCGCCGACUUCGUCACUCCAGAACAACGCGCGCUCCUCUCGGGCGCCGGCGCCCUAGUCCGUGAACUCGCGCCCCUCCCCUGGUCCCCCAACGUCACCGGCGUACAAUCGCGCUGGAAAGACCUCUUCGCCAAACUACACAUGUGGCGAGAAACAGAAUUCAGCCGCAUCUUCUUCCUCGACGCCGACGCCUUUCCCCUCAGCCCCCUCGACGAAAUCUUCACUCUCGUCCCCAAACCAAGCACCUGUAUACCCGAGAAACUGCACCUAGACGACUUCCUCGCCGACGGCCCCGUCUGCGAAGACUACAUGUUCGCCGGCAUCCCCCAGGACCCAUUCAACACCGACCACCCCAAUAUCAACGUCGGAGCUAUGCUCUUCACCCCUUCCCUCCGCAUGCACCAGCGCUUGCUGCAAAACUACGUCAAGACCGACAAGUACGAUUGCAACAUGGCCGAACAGGCGUUUCUGAACUGGCAGUUUGGCCCUGCUUCGGCGUUUCCCGCCACGACGCUCGAGAGGAGUUGGGGUGGGUUUUUUCCAAACGAGGAGGACAAGGGCAAGUUGAAGGUGGUGCAUGAGAAGAUUUGGGUUUUGGAGGGCGGGUGGAUGAAGGACGAGUGGGUGCAGGGGUGGAGGGAUAUGAUUGCGUUUUAUGAGGCGGACGAAUUUGUGCGGGCCAGGGAGGGGGACGGGAAAGUUUGAGGAGGUAGGAUUGACAAAUAUGGCUGUUUGAUUGCUUUUUUUUGUGUGUGUAAUGUACUUUGGAAUGCGUAAAAGGGAAAGAUGAUAGGUAAUGAUGCUAUGCCAGUGCAAUGAAGCUGACUUCCCUGAUCAUCUUGGCAUCUGUGAAUCUACUAUCCCCACCAUGUU